AUGGCCCGGGACGAACCGUACCGCGAGGAGUUCAGCUAUGACCGGAUGCCCACCCUGGAGCGAGGCCGGACAGAUACCCCGAGCUUCGGCCCAGACGCUAAGCCCAACGACCUGCAGCUGUCCCGGCGCCUCCCGCCCUGCUUCAGUUCCAAGACCUGGGUGUUCUCUGUGCUGAUGGGGAGCUGCCUCCUAGUAACCUCCGGCUUUUCACUUUACCUGGGAAACGUGUUUCCUUCGGAGAUGGACUACCUGCGCUGUGCAGCUGGUUCUUGUGUGCCCGCUGCAAUUGUGAGCUUUGCUGUGACGAAGAGAAGGGUCAAUGCGAUCCCUAACUUCCAGAUCUUGUUUGUCUCCACGUUUGCUGUCACCACAACGUGCUUGGUUUGGUUUGGAUGUAAGCUUGUCUUGAACCCGUCGGCUGUAAACAUAAACUUCAACCUGGCCCUGCUCCUCCUCAUGGAACUGCUCAUGGCCGCCACUGUGAUCAUCUCUGCCCGGUCCAGUGGGGAGCCCCUGGGCAAAGAGAAGGCUCCCACGGUGGACAACACCAACAUUUUGGAUGAGGUGGUCUUUCCUGCUCGUGUCCUGAAGUCCUACUCAGUCAUCGAAGUCAUAGCCGGCAUCUCAGCCUUUCUGGGCGGGGUUAUCACUCUGAAUGUGGACGAUGUGGUCUCAGGCCCCCACCUGUCCGUGACCUUCUUCUGGAUACUAGUGGCUUGUUUCCCAAGUGCCAUUGCCAGUCAUGUGACAGCGGAGUACCCCAGCAAGUGCCUGGUGGAGGUCCUGCUUGCCAUAACCAGCAUCACGUCCCCGCUGCUUUUCACGGCCUCGGGCUACCUUUCCUUCAGCAUUCUGAGGAUUGUGGAGAUUCUCAAGGAUUAUCCACCGGCCAUAAAGCAAGCAUAUGACGUGCUGCUGCUGCUGCUGCUACUGGUGCUGCUUCUACAGGCUUGCCUCACCACCGGCACCGUCGUCCAGUGCGUGCGCUUCAAGGUCCAGUGUCGGCUGCAGGACGCACCCUGGGACUCUGUGCAGGCCAGCCGGCCAGAGCCCCCAGCAGGGGAGGUGGCCAGGAGCCCACGCCAGGAGUUUGACAAGGACAAGGCCUGGCGGGCAGUGGUGGUGCAGAUGGCCCAGUGA